AUGGCAAUGAUGACUUCAAAACAGCGAAUGGCAGGCAUGGGCAUCGACAUUGACACUCCACGCUGGCAGAGUCCGGCAGUCUUCCGUGCAGGUCAGGCAUCCGCACCAGAGACGCAAUGCAGCAAGGAACUUUCCGCGUUCCUGAAUGUCCCCGAAGUUCCUGGCGAGGUCACAGACGCAGAGUUGAAUUGGCUGGGACGGCCCGAAGGGAGGAGCUGCGGUUGA